UAGGUAUAAGUUAAUAUUAGUGAUGGUGUUGUGGUGGAUGUCAAGGAGCAAGUCUGAGAUAUUGUUGACGCCGCCGCCAUCUUGUGUUUCCUCCUUUAUUUCUGGCUGUGUUGGGUUAUGUAGCAGCCUUUAACACUCUACUAUAACAACCAGGAUGUCUGUACACUACAAAUUCAAGUCUGCAGUGGAGUAUGAUACGCUCCCUGUGGAUGGUGUACACAUUAGUCUUGAGGACCUAAAAGAGGCCAUCAUACAGCAGAAGAGACUUGGACGUGGACAGCCCUAUGACUUGCAGAUAACUAAUGCGGAAACUAAAGAAGUUUACACUGAUGACAAGACGCUGAUUUCAAAGAAUUCUUCAUUGAUUGUUGCAAGAGUUCCCAUCGAUCCUUUACAGAUGAAGAGGCCAUGGGAGAACAAGGAAUCAACGGCACUACUCCUAUCCAACCCGUCAAACCUGAUGAACACAGAAGAUGCUGCUGAAGCUGCUGAAAUUGACAGGAAGAUCAAAGAGGUGACGGAUUUAACCCGAAUGGAUGGCAGUGAAGAUGAUAAGAUUAAUGCUAUGGUUGCACAAUCAACAAUGGCUUACCAUCCAUCAAAGUACGUAAAACUUAGGGUCAGCAGAAUGAUGGGGUCUGUGCCUUUGGAUUAUAAGUGCUACAAAUGUCAUCAAGGUGGUCACUGGGUCAGCAUGUGUCCGCUUAAUAAUCAAGACCUGCGCAAGAGCACUGGCAUCCCAUCCAAGUUUUUAGUGGAAGUCAAUGACCCCAAUGCUCCAGGUGUCAUGAUCAAUGCAUCAGGAAAAUUAGUUCGCUUGCUGGAUUUGGGCAAGCCUGAUAAAGAAAGAGGGGAUCCACCCCCUGGGCGUCCUCCACCCCCAGAAGAAAUUGUCUGUUCAAUUUGCAAAGAGCUAUUAAGAGAUGCUGUUCUCAUUCCAUGCUGUGCUGCUGCAUUUUGUGAUGACUGUAUUCGCAAUCAUCUCUUGGAGUCUGAAGAUGCAAGGUGUCCUUCCUGUUCCGCAGAGGACAUCAGUCCAGAUACACUCAUACCUAAUCGCUAUCUUCGUAUAAAGGCUAACCAGUUUGAAAAUGGAUGGCAUAUAAUUGAUAAAAGACUGGAUAAGGGCACAGGAGCAGAGCCUUUGUCAUCCAUCCCUCCAUAUAUAGUGCAAACAAGUAACACUCCUACACCACCUCGGAGCCCUGCUGGAGCUUCAAGCCCAGGAAAUACUAAACUGUCAGAGCCUAUAACAAUCAUAGGAUCAGUUCAUCCAUCAAAUCCAUCCACGCCCAACAGUAUACACGAGCUUAAGGAAAAUGAAGGAGAAUUAGGAGGAGAUUCUGAUAAAGAAAACAUGGAGACAGAGGAAAGUAUUAUUCCUCAAGAAGUAACAGGGGAAAAUAUAGAAGACAGUGAAAUUGCUCUGAAAGAAACUCAAGAAGAUGAGCAUCAUCAUGAGGGGGAAGAACAAGAGCAGCUACAGGCUGCACCGGAGAGUGGCAUGGAAGUAGAAGAGAAACGCAAAAAAAACAAAAAGAAGAAGAGCAAACGUAAGGCCAGUAGGCAUGAAUCUGAGGAAGAGAGAGAUGGAAAGGAGGGGAGAAAAAGAAAGGACAGGAGGCAUUCUCAUAAAAGUCAAGAUGGAAAAUCAACUGACACAGAAAAAGAAAUAGUUCACGAUGCAUUACCUAACGAACCAGAAAUGAAUGUUGAGAAUCCUAUAAGUGUAAUUGAAGAAUCAUGGGGUAGUAAUAGGCUUAAUACAGAAAGCAUAAAGAGUAGAAGCAAAAGCAGAAGUAGAAGCAAAAGUGUUGAGAAAGGAGACACAGACAUAAGUGGAAAUCUGUUUGAUAAUAUUGUACCAUUUGAUCCUCGUGUACCUCCACCUGGUGCCUUUGUCCAGUCACCCCCCAAGGAUCCCUUCUAUCCUGUACCUUCAACAUUUGCAGCUACAGGUCCACCAACCCAUGUACCUCCUGUGAUUGUUACUGCAACUCCAUAUGUUCCAUUUCAACCAGGUGGGUCAUACCCACCAAAUAUGGGGCCUUCACUGCCCAGUACCUCUGUGGUGGCAUCAGGUCAUGCUGGGGUUGCACAGGAGCAGCAUACACCGGCACGGCCUCUUCAUGCAGGCUCCCCUGACCUCUCAAUCCCACCACCAGUGUUUGGUAAUCCAGUAACAGGUUACCCAGGACAUGUUCUACCAUUCAAGGAAGCAAUAGAUGAUCCACUGACUCUCUUCAACAAGCACCUGCGAGAAAAGGAUGAACGGGCUCGCAGGUUUCGCAUGAGCAGGUCUAGAUCGCGUUCCAGGUCUCCUCCACAUCGUUACCAUUCUAGAUUAAGGUCACGCUCUCCUCGUCGAUCUUGGUCACGUUCCCGCUCUCGUUCGCGAUCUAGAAGUCGGGUAAUUGGUUCUGGCGGUAGGUCUUCUCGAUCCCCGGCAAGACACCGAUGGAGUCAUACACCACCCAGAGGACUGGGAUCUUUUCGGUCGCAGCGAUCACCUUCAUAUACCAGAGAACGUUCAGUGUCAAACCAUUCAUUGUCUUUAAGCAGAACACCCAGCCCAUGCCGACGGAUGAAGUCAUCUCCCCUUCAGGUGCGACCACUACUUCCAGAUCCGCGGUCACCAUUACGGCCAGUGGUAGACUAUGGACCUGUUAGAGAAUACGAAAGGUAUCCGGUUAACCACAUGAACCCGGGACCAGAAGAGUUCCAGCCUUACCAUGUUGGUGUUGCUCACUGGGAUCCCAUUCCAAGGUAUGACCUUCCAGGACAUGACAACUUCAGACCCGACUACCAAGACACCAGAGGCCGUGGUAGAGGUCGCCGCGGUAGAGAUCGUGGAGGUUUUCGGCAGGGUGAAGAGUUUCGUUACGAUCAGCAUAAUCCAGACCCAAGACAUCCCUUUGAGAGAACCCAGCCACCCCGUGAAGAUCGAAGACCUCAGUUAGGAGUUUCCCCUUGGGAAAGAGAUGAUAAUAGGCGAACUUAUGAUUUAGAUAUUGGAAGAAAUGGUGGAAGGCUUCCAGAAGGAGAUAGAAGACGUUUUGGAGAUUUACGAGACCCUGCUAGAGAUUUUGAAGAUACAAGAGCAAGGCGAGACAGGGAAGUGAGUGAAGGUGCCAGGAGGCAUGAUGACGACCCUGGUCGCAAAGGUUUUGAAGAAGAAGAAUGGCGAAGAUAUUCUGAUGGAGAUAGCAGGAAAAGGCUAGAUGAUGAGGAUGACAAGCGUAGGCAUUUUGAGAGCAGAAGAGGCCACGUUGAUACAAGGAAUGAUCCUGAUGAAACAGACAGGUAUGAUGACUAUAAGAGAUUCCCCGCCCCAAGGAAAGAGGGAGAAGCAAGAAGAGAUGAUAGCACUAGAAAAGAAACUGAUACAAGGAGAAAUCCUGAAAUAUCCAGAAAGGAAGUAGAUGAUGGAAAGCUUGGGCGCCAUGACACAAAGAGGGUUGAAGAACGUGAGCGAGAUGGGAAGUAUAAAUCUGGAUCUCGUCACCUUGAGUUAACUCCUCAAGAUGAAGCAUUUAGAAGUAAAUCACAUGAUUCUCCUGGAAAAAGCUAUAAAAAAUCACCUAUAAGAGACAGAAGAGAAAGGGAUAUAGAAAGAAGAGAGAGAGAUAAUGAUAGAAGAGAAAGAGAUGGUGAUAGAAAAGAAAACUAUAAAAGAGAGAGGGAAGCUGGUGAUAGAAGAGAGAGAGAGAGAGAUUAUGACAGAAGAUCUCGAGAUUUAGACAGAAGAGAGAGAGAUGUAGAUAGAAGAGAAAAGGACACUGAUAGAAAAGAGAGAGAGACUGAUAGAAAGGAGAGAGACACUGAUAGGAAAGAGAGAGAAACUGACAGAAGAGAGAAAGAUCUGCAAAAGGGAGACAAAGAUCAUGAAAGAAAAGAGAGGGUUGAAGACAGACUUAGUAAAGAUGAUAACAGAAGAGAGAGGGAAAGUAGAAGAGACAGGGAAGGAGAAAGAACAGUUCGUAACACUAGAUGGGACAGAAGUGACUCGAGACUGGAGAGAGAGAAGGAAAUAGAUAAAGGAGGAAGUGAGAGGCACAAAGGACGAUCACAAGAAAAGGAUGAAAGAAACAGAAACCAUUUAAAUGAUGAAAAAGAAGAAAAGAAAAAGACUAAACAAAAAGAGGAGAGAUCAGAGAGUCUGGGUAAUAAAGAGAAAGAAAGUGGUGGCAAAGAUGCAGAGAAUUGCAAAGCAGAGAAGAAGAAACAUGAUAAAAAGAAAAAGAAAAAAGAAAAACGUAGAGCCUCUCAGGCAUCAACUGAAGCAUCUCAGGCAGAAUUAUCUGGGGAUGAGGCAGAAGACAAGAAAAAGAAAAGGAAAAGGGAUAAGAAGAAGAAGGUGAAAAGUCAUGGAAAUGAGAAUAAUAAAGAAUUAGAGGAUGAAACUCAGUCUUUGGAAGGGAUUACAAAAUUACCUGAUUCAGAAGGUGAACCAUUUUCAGGAAUGCCUGAAAAUCAUAUGUCACCUUCUGCAGAGAAAAACUGUGAUACAAACCAGUAUGAUGAUACUCCACAAAGUGAGGAAAUGGCAAAAGAAAUUUCUACACCACUGCCUCUUCCCCAGUUGUCCAAAUGGGAGAGAGAGGAUGAAUUGCCAGUCACGCCCAAAGGUUUAGUUGAAAAGAAGGCACCCGAGGAAGAAAGGAAGGUCACUGUUGACAUAAUAAAACGAGCAGAAAAUGCUAUAUUUUCUGGGCGAGGGCUAGUCUCUAGAAAAGUGUUUCUAGACACCCAAAAACAGAAAGAAAUUGAUGAUAGAAGUCCAACACCAGAUUGGGAUCGCACAGAGUUAAGAGAGGCAAAAAGACGAGGACCAUCAAUUCAGAUAACUAUAUCUUCAAAAACUGAGUCCCAGAUUGGUCGCCCAAGGAUUGGAAGAUCUGCGCCUUCAAGUCCAGAGAGAGUGGAUGAACGCAGACCUAGUUUGAAAUCAAAGCGCAUUUUUGAGAAUGAGGCCAAGUCUGAGAGGCAUUCAAGACCAGGUAAGAGGUCUCCUAGUCCUAGUGAGACACACAGCUUAAGCAAGGGUAGGAGAAAAAGUGAGAAGGAAGACAAAUCUCAAUUUGUUGAAGAAAAGAAUAUCAGUUCUAGUCAAAAUAUUGUUUCACUGAAACAUCAAAAAAGCAGAUCUCCUGUACUUGAAAACCAGACAAGCCUUUGUGAAGAACCUAAAGAGAAUAGAGACUCAACUUUAGAGAAUACCAUGGAAAAUAUAAAUGAUGGUAAUGACCAGAAGGGACUGAAAAGAAUACAUGUACUACCCUCUUCUGAUGAAUCAGAAUUAAAGAGAUUAAAAACAGAAGAGAACAUUCCUACAGCUGAACAGCACAAAGAUGAAAAUAAUUUGAUUGUUAAAGUUGAAACUGAAGCUACUGAAUGUAAUAGAGAAUCAGUGGCACCUGCUCAAGAAAUUGAAUCAGAUGUAGUAGAAAAGUGUGAAACUAGAGAAGAAAAUACGAAGCCCAUUCACGAAGAAAAUGUAGAUAGCAUUUCAAUGGGUCCACCAGCAGUUGUUAAAGACCCAGAAGAACUAGAGGAGGGAGAAAUUCACACAGAUACAUCAAGUGAAGGCAUCCAUGCUGCUGAACUCCUGACUGAGAAUCCCCAACAAAUGAUGGAGGCUGGUGUAGCAGAAAAUGAACCGCUACUACCAGAAGAAAAGAAACUGAGGUAUUCACCAAUUCGUGUUCCUACACCCAUCCAGGAAAAUCAGCUGUUGAAGGAAAUUAAAGGAAAGGAGAAGAGCAAAAAACGGAAGAAAAGGAAGAGAUCUUCAAGUUCUAGCUCUAGUAACAGCAGUACUUCUUCGAGUAGCAGCAGCAGUGAAGAGGAGGAGAUUAUAAAGAAAAAGAAAAAGAAAAGGAAGAAGAAGAAGAAAGCAGCAGACAGUGAUUCCAGUGAAGCUGAAUCAAAAAGUAAACAUAAGAAGAAAAAGAAGGAUAAAAAGAAGAAGAAGAAAAAAGAUAAAAAGAAGAAAAGCGAAAAGUGAAUAAGAGGAUGUGUGUGUGUACGUAUAUAUAUAUAUAUAAUAUACAAAAUAUAUAUGGUAAUAUAAAAUAAUGCCAAAGACAAUACACAAGCCACAUUUUAAUUUGUUCUUGUAUCACAAAAUGAAAACUGAGCUUGUUUUUCACAAAGCUGAGAAGGGAAAGAACAUAAAUUAUGCUCUUUAUUUUUGGUCUCAAAACUUGUGUUGUGAAUAACUUGUUAUAAAUACAUGUAAUAUAUACCUGUAAUUAAUAAACAAAAAGUUGAUUAUUUUGUAAAUAUUUGCAUUGGUAUUAUGGUGUUUUGUAAAUCAGUCUAGUGUAAAUAAAAUUGCUCUGAUCA